AUGUUGCUGAGGAUCCUCCUCGUCUCCCUCGCCGUCGCCCAGGCAAAGGACGUGCCGAACGGCCACGAGAUCGAGGCGCCCGGCCUCGCAAGCAGCCAGACCAGUUGGGUCGACCUCACCCGCAAAAUCACAAUGGUGAUGAAGAACGGUGCCGGCGACGACCACGUCGCGCUCGCGGUCACAGGCCACCGCCGCAAGCUGGACCAUGACGAAUGCGCCGAUGGCUCGUCGCUUUUGGACUAUAACCACGGCUCCUGCGGGAUCUUCUGGAAGAAGUCGCACUGCUGGUAUGAAUUCGCCGACACGCCUAAGGCGAACGAUCCCAUGCUCGCCUACCUUCGUGACGAAGAAGUGUGCCUUUCACCGUUCUGGGCGAACGCGAACGACGUUUGCUGCGUCACCGACACCGGCGCGGUCGUGGGAGCAGCCGUCGGCGGUGCCGUGGGCCUUCUCCUCGUCGUGGGCGCCAUCCUCUACUGCUCCAUCUUCCUCGCAUGCUGCGCAUGCUGCCCGUGCAACAAGAAGAAGGGCCAGGCCUAG